AAACUCAUUGAUGUGGGAAAGUUUGUAGAAUGGUUGUAAGCCAUGAAGCAAAGGCUCCAAUCAAUUGGAGAACGAGGUGGUCAUGUCUUUAACCAGAACCUGAGAAUUACUCAGUUGGGGAAGUCGGGUCGGAUUGAACAAGCUAUCAAAGUAUUCUCAGAAAUGACCCAGAAGAAUACCGUAACUUACAAUUCAAUGAUCUCUGCCUUUGCUCGUAAUGGCCGAAUUAGUGAUGCAUUUCAACUGUUUGAGAAAAUGCCUCGCAAAAACUUGGUUUCUUGGAACACAAUGAUUGCUGCGUGUUUGCAUAAUGAUAGAGUUGAGAUAGCCCGUGAACUCUUCGACAAAAUGUCCACAAGAGAUCUCUUUUCUUGGUCUUUAAUGAUUACUUGUUACACACGCAAUGGCGAACUUGAAAAGGCGAGGGAACUAUUUGAUUUGCUUCCAAAUAAGGGAGAUGUGGCUUGUUGGAAUGCAAUGAUUUCAGGUUAUGCCAAGAAAAGGAAGUUUGAUGAUGCUAAGAAGUUAUUUGAUGCAAUGCCUGCUAAGAAUAUUGUUUCCUGGAAUUCAAUGCUUUCAGGAUAUGCCAAGAAUGGGGAAAUGUCAUUGGCUAUGAAGUUUUUUGAAGAAAUGGAAGAACGUAAUAUGGUUUCGUGGAACUUAAUGUUGGAUGGAUUUGUGAAAGUGGAUGAUUUGGAUUCUGCUUGGAAGUUCUUUCAAAAAAUUCCAAACCCCCAUGCUGUUUCUUGGGUGACAAUGAUAUGUGGAUAUGCACGAAGUGGUAAUAUCUUGGAGGCUAGGAGACUAUUUGACAAGAUGCCUAGUAGAAAUGUUGUUUCUUGGAAUGCUAUGAUUGGAGGUUAUGUUCAGAGCUUCCAAAUAGAUGAGGCUGCUAAGCUCUUUAUGGAAAUGCCGGGGAGGGAUCCUGUCUCAUGGACAACAAUGAUUGAUGGGUAUGUUCGUGUUGGUAAGCUUGACAAAGCCAGAGAAUGCCUUGAUCAGAUGCCUUAAAAUAAUAUUGUAGCUCAAACUGCGAUGAUCUCUGGAUAUGUACAUACUAAAAGAAUGGAUGAAGCUAGUCAAAUUUUCAAAAAGAUUGGCACCCGUGAUGUUGUUUGUUGGAACACCAUGAUUGCUGGCUAUGCUCAGUGUGGCAAAAUGGAUGAAGCUCUUAAUUUAUUUAAACAAAUGGUCAAUAAGGACAUAGUUACUUGGAAUACCAUGAUUGCUGGUUAUGCUCAAAUUGGAGAUAUGAAUAAUGCACUUAAGAUCUUUGAAGGGAUGGGGAACAGGAAUAUAGUUUCUUGGAAUUCAUUAAUUGCUGGUUUUCUGCAAAAUGGGUUGUUUUUGGAUGCAAUAAAGAGUUUUGUUUUGAUGGGCCGAGAACUGAAAAAACCUGACCACUCAACUUUUGCUUGUGUACUAAGUGCAUGUGCCCAUCUUGCAGCUCUGCAAGUUGGGGAGCAAAUUCACCAUCUUGUUAUUAAGAGUGGAUACAUGAACGAUUUGUUUGUUGGCAAUUCCUUAAUCACCAUGUAUGCUAAAUGCGGAAGAAUCCCCAACGCUGAACUCUUAUUCAAAGAUAUUGAUCAAGUUGAUGUAGUUUCUUGGAAUUCUUUGAUUGCUGGAUAUGCCUUUAAUGGGUAUGGGAAAGAGGCAGUCAAACUUUUCGAAGAGAUGGUAAUGGAAGAGGUGGCUGCUGAUCAGGUUACCUUCAUUGGGGUUUUUUCUGCAUGUAGUCAUGUUGGCCUUGUUGAUGAGGGCUUAAAACUUUUUAAAUGCAUGACUGAAGUGUAUGGUAUAGAACCUCUGGUAGAACACUAUGCAUGCUUGGUUGAUUUGCUAGGCCGCACUGGGAGAUUACAUGAAGCCUUUGACAUGGUGAGUGGAAUGAAGAUGAAACCAAAUGCUGGAAUAUGGGGUACGCUACUGGGCGCGUGCCGAACAUAUCGAAACCUAGAGCUUGGUAAGAUUGCUGCGGAGAAGCUUUUGGAACUUGAACCUCAGAAAACUUCACAUUAUGCACUCUUGUCAAACAUGCAUGCUGAGGCAGGCAGAUGGGAUGAGGUUGAGAAAGUGAGGGAGUUAAUGGAAGGGAGUGAGACAGAGAAACAACCAGGAUACAGCUGGAUUGAAAUUAGAAAUCAGAUACUUACUUUUCUCUCUGAUGAUCCAACACACUCUAGAACAGCAGAAAUUUGCAGUACAUUGAAGACUUUAGCCGCACAGAUUAGAAGCACAGGUAUCUUCAGAGGCUCUCCAUAAGUUGCACAAGUACUAGAAUAUAUCAGUGUGUUCACAUGACGUGCUGCCAUUGCCUCCAAAACU